UGUUUCUUCUGCCUUCAUCAUCUGGCAAAAUGACGUCAGGUCACUUUAAAACCUGGCUACAAGAAGUGUUUUUCCCAAACACUGGACGGAGAAGUCUUCUCUUGGACUCCUGUAACGGUCCCUGCAGCAGUAUUAUCAAUGAAAGGAAACCUGCAAAUAAAGAUGUCAUGUUGAUGACCAUACCAAAAGGAACUACCGGGCGAAUGCAAUCAUUAGACGUCUAUGGGUUUAGAGUCUGGAAAAAUGUUGUAAGACGUUUCUCUGACAAUGUGCUCUUACACAAUUACGAUGUUAUGUUAAUGUUAAUUUUCAUUUGCGAAACAAUAUCAUAA